CAGAAAAACACAUUCAUAUUUUUGUACACUGACUUGUCUGACGGAGUGUGACAGACCAGUGUGUGUAACUGAGGAAGGAAUGACUUGGAAGUGGUUGUGGUGACUGUUGUCGGCUAAGAUUUUAUACCUCGUUGCUACAUUAUUUCUUUUUCCUGAGCCAUUUGGACACAGCAUUUAGAUUUAGAUCUAGAUAUAGAUCUACAGAGUCCGGUUACUGACGAUGGGUACGCCGGUGAAGGAUAUUGUCAUACCAAGCAGUGCCCCCCAAACCUUGUUCCUUCAGAAGCAUGCAGACUACAUAGCUGCCUAUGGAGAAAAGAAAGACGACUAUGAAUAUGUCAUGACUGAAUUUCUGCGCAUGAACGGCAUGUACUGGGGCCUGACGUCCAUGGCUCUGGCUGGUCAGCUUGACCGCAUGGACAAAGGGGAGGUGGUGGACUUCAUCCAGAAAUGUCAGCACAGCUGCGGAGGAAUGAGCUGCAGCAUAGGUCACGACCCCCACCUGCUGUCUACUCUGAGUGCCAUACAGAUCCUGACCCUGUAUGAGGCCGUGGAUGCUGUAGACACAGAAGCCGUGGUGCAGUGGGUCAAGGGACUGCAGCAGCCCGACGGAAGCUUUUUUGGAGAUAAAUGGGGUGAGGUCGACACCAGGUUCUCCUUUUGUGCUGUUGCCUGUUUGGCUUUACUGAAUCGUCUCAACGAGAUCGACGUAGACAAAGCGGUGGAGUUUGUCGUGUCCUGCAUGAACUUUGACGGAGCUUUUGGCUGUCGGCCCGGCAGCGAGUCACAUUCCGGACAGGUGUACUGCUGCGUGGGCAUGCUGUCCAUCACAAAGAGACUCCAUCAUGUGAACGCCGACCAGCUGGGCUGGUGGCUGUGUGAGAGACAGCUACCCUCUGGGGGACUAAAUGGGCGACCUGAAAAAUUGCCGGACGUCUGCUACUCCUGGUGGGUGUUGGCCUCGCUCAAGAUCAUCGGCCGACUACAUUGGAUCGACAAGGACAAGCUGGUACAGUUUAUCUUGGCGUGUCAGGACGAAGAGACCGGAGGAUUUGCUGACAGGCCGGGGGACAUG